AUGUCACUUUCAAGGUCAAGGUUAAGCUACGCCGUUUCGACCCUAAGGUUUCUUUCAAACUCCACUUUCCUUCUUUCGUUCCCUUCUUCAACCUCAAUGCUAUACUCUCAUUCUUCUCAGUCUCAGUCUCAGCUUCCAUUCAUUCACAAAGCUGAUGAUGAUGAUGCCGUUGCCUUAUUCAAUCGCAUGCUCCAUAUGCAUCCAACCCCACCCGUAAUGGAAUUUGGCAAGAUUUUAGGGUCCCUUAUGAAGACGAAGCAUUAUCCUACUGUUAUUUCCCUUUCUAGACUGAUGGAAUUCAGGGGAAUUAAGCCAGACAUCUUUAAUUUGAAUAUGUUGAUCAAUUGUUACUGCCACAUGGGUCAAAUGACUUUUGCUUUCUCUGUAGUAGGUCACAUUUUCAAGAGGGGUUAUCAGCCAAAUACCAUAACAUUGACAACACUUAUGAAAGGUCUCUGUCUUAAUGGUGAGGUUAAAAAAGCCCUUCACUUUCAUGACAAAGUGGUAGCACAAGGAUUUCAUUUGAACCAUGUUACUUAUGGGACCUUGAUCAAUGGGUUAUGUAAAAUAGGAGACACAAAAGCAGCCAUGCAGUUGUUGAGAAAAAUUGAAGGGCAAUUGAUGAAGCCUAAUGUGGUAAUGUACAGCACAAUCAUUGAUGGCCUGUGCAAAGAUAAGUUGGUAACUGAUGCUUGUGAUUUAUUUUCUGAAAUGGUUGUCAAGAAAAUUACUCCUAAUGUUGUCACAUUCAAUACUCUAAUUCAUGGCUUUUGCAUUCUGGGUCAAUUGAAAGAGGCAAUUGGUAUGUUAAAUGAAAUGGUUUUGAAAAACGUCAACCCAGAUGCUCAUACCUUUACUACUUUGGUUGAUGCAUUUUGUAAGGAAGGAAAGGUCAAAGAAGCUAAAACUGUGUUAACUGUGAUGAUGAAAGAAGGUGUAAAACCUGGUGUUGUUACUUAUAAUACAGUAAUGGAUGGGUAUAGCUUAGUUAAUAAAGUGAACAAUGCAAAAUAUUUAUUCAACAGCAUGGCUCAAAGGGGAGUGACUCCUAAUGUUCGGAGCUAUACUAUCAUGAUUAAUGGAUUAUGUAAGAUUGGAAUGGUAGAUGAAGCCAUUAAUCUCUUUAAACAAAUGCAUUGCAAAAAUAUGAUUCCUGAUACGGUAGCAUACAGCUCUCUUAUUGAUGGUUUGUGCAAAUCUGGAAGAAUCCCUUAUGUUUGGGAUCUUGUUGAUGAUAUGCGUAUUAGAGGCCAACCACCUAAUAUAAUUACCUACAAUUCCAUAUUAGACUCUUUAUGCAAAAGCCAUCAUCUUGACAAGGCAAUUGCAUUAUUCUUGAAACUUAAAGACCAGGGAGUUCAGCCUGAUGUGUACACGUACAAUAUACUUAUUGAUGGACUAUGCAAAGGUGGAAGACUUAAGAAAGCAGAGGAGGUUUUUCAGAAUCUUUUGAUUAAAGGCUAUUGUGUAAGUGUCGUGACAUACAAUGUUAUGAUCAAGGGGCUUUGUAAAGAGGGCUUGUUUGAUGCUGCAUUGGCUUUGCUAUCAAAAAUGGAAGACAAUGGUUGCGUUCCUAAUGCUGUAACUUUUGAAACAAUUAUUUGUGCUCUCUUUGAAAUAGGUGAGAAUAAUAAGGCAGAGAAACUUCUUUGUGAUAUGAUUGGUAGAAGCCUUCUGUAG